CGACGCUCAUUCAGUACGCGGUCUUCAAGUCCUCGGUAACUUGCUACGUUCAAAAAUCAGUUCACAUAAGAUAUCUUAAUCAUUCAACACAAAAACAAGGAUCCCACCAGAUACAUGGAGCCGAGCCAAACCCGAGAUUGCACGGUUUACGUCUCAAAUUUCCCAUUUUCGCUAACAAACAAUGACCUUCAUAAGCUUUUUGGACAGUAUGGCACCGUGAAUAAGGUAACUAUUGUCAAAGACCGUCAGACGAGAAAGAGUAAAGGAGUAGCGUUCAUCGUUUACAAAUCGCAAAAAGAGGCGUCCAAUUGCAUCCAGCAGACCAACCAGAAAGAGAUGUUGGGUCGUAUUUUGAAAUCAUCUAUUGCCAAAGAUAACGGCAGGACAGAGGAAUUUGCGACUCAAAAAAGAACCUACGAAGACAAAUCCCGCUGUUUUGAAUGUGGUCAAGAAGGCCACCUGAGUUAUAAAUGUCCUAGUAACGCACUGGGAAGUCGCGAACCCGCCAUGAAAGGAAGGGGGAAAUUUCAACAUGAUGAGGGAGACCAGGACGAUUCACUAGGUGCUGCAAUUCGUUUUGAACAACAACAGAGAACGACGCAAGAGCAAUUAGCUUCAACAUCGACAAAUAUCCGAAGAAAGAAAUUUAAACCGAGUUCCUACUUUAGUGAUGAAGAAGAGAUCAGUGAUUGAUGCAGUUGUAUUUUUUAAAUGUUGAAACCCUCUGCGAUUCUGCCCGACAGUCUGGUAUGGAAAUCACUGGACCUGCUUCAAAUAGUAGUCAGUGAGACUUCCAUGAUCCCGUACAGAUUUCAUUGCUUCUUCGGGUGAAAUUAGACCAUCGACGCCGAAGAAUCCAACAAAACCAGUUCGUUGGCUUUGGUGACAUCUUACCAGACUUGUCCAGUAGCGCCCCUACCUAUCGGGAUCGUAGUAGCAUACAAAUUCUGGAAAGCCAAGUCAGCCUUUGAUCGGUUCCGCAUUUGGAUCAUAGAGAGAAGACAGAAGUCCAGUGUUAAGCUCAACCCUGUCUCCAUCGCUAAACCUUGGCGAAAACUCAUAUUGAUGACACCCACGUAUGUCGUCAAAGUUUCCUCGAGUUAUCAUAGCUACUUAAAACAGUGAUCUAUUUUUCACAUUUCAAUUUCGAAGAGCAGUUAUUUCUAUUUACAGGUAAUCCAAAUAACUCUGGGAUCAGAAGAGUGUGCACAAUAGCAUGGAAAAUGUUGUUGGGCAUUUAUGGCUGAAUGUUAGAGCAUUGGCUAAGUUUAGUCAAAAGUCUGGGUAUUCUUAUGUUGAAAAUGACCUUAAAAGUGGGCCAACAUAGAGAUACUUGAUGGUACAUUCAAUAUUCCUGAAACUAUAGAGAAAAGAAGAGCUUCAAGAACUUUGUUGCAGAAAGUUGUUUAUGUUUCAGUAAACACAUUGCCUCCCAGAUAGAUGGAAAAA